AGGUAAAAAGAGAAAACAGCGCGUCAUCGCCUUCUCGGGUGGUCCACAUACGUAAUCUCGCCAACGAGGCUUUAGACGCCGACGUCCUAAGCCUUGCCCUACCUAUCGGUCGUGUAACCAAGUAUCUUAUGCUCAAAGGCAAAAAUCAGGCAUUCCUCGAAAUGGCAGACGAAGCAACGGCACAGACGUUUAUCAACCAUUACACACACAUGCCCAGGAACGUCCACGGAAGACAGAUCUACUGUCAGUUCUCAAAGCACAAGGAACUCAAAACCGACUUUGCCCACACGCAACAGGCCAUGGCUGUACAAGCCGCCCUGGCUGCCGUGCACGCAGUCCUCAACACCUCCUCCGCCUCCUCCUCCUCCUCCCCCUCCUCCUCUGGCCCCUCUUACUCCAUGUCUGGUAGCGGGGACCACCCCAUGACUUCUUCAUCCUCCGGCGGCGGUGGCUAUGGAGACCGUAUCCGUGACUCUCCUCCUCCGACGUCCUCUUCUGGAGCUAACCUGGAUGCCAAUACCAUCUCUCAAAUCGCCUCACAAGUGGCCCUCCAAGCGGCCCAGCAUCACCCCAUGCUCCAGCCUCACCUAAUGCAACAGCAGCCCCAGCACCACUCGACACAUCCCAAGGUACCCGACACGGGCGGUGGAGCCAACACCAUCCUCAGGGUCAUCGUGGAGAAUGUCACCUACCAGAUCACCGUGGACACCCUCCACGAGAUCUUCAGGAAGUACGGAACAGUGCUCAGGAUCGUCACGUUUAUCAAGAGCGGUCAGUUCCAGGCCCUGGUACAGUUCUCAGAUGCAUCACAAGCUGCUGUAGCUAAAUUAGAGUUAGAUGGAAAGAACAUCUACAACAACUGCUGCCAGCUCCGCAUCGACUUCUCCAAACUGACCAACCUCAGUGUCAAGUACAACAAUGAGAAGAGCCGGGACUACACGUGUGACCUGCCGCAGGGUGAUGGCCUCACGGGGGUCGAUCCCAGCACUGCUGCUAUGUUAGGACUUGGUGGGGCUGCCGGUCUUAUCUCGCCUUAUGCCGCAGGGCACGGUCUGCCCUUUGCCGGUACGACGCCGGUCUCUCUUGCAGGAUACCAUCAAGCAGGAGGAGUACCCGGUUUCCCCGCUGGCCUCUCUGCCUUACCCCAGGCUGCCGCAGCUGCCCAGGGCAUUAGGCUCCCGGGCAUGUACAUGCAGUCGGGCUGCUGUGUCAUUCUGGUUAGCAAUCUCACUCCAGAGCUCGUCACGCCUCAGGCCCUCUUUACCCUCUUUGGUGUCUACGGAGACGUGCAAAGGGUGAAGAUUCUUUUCGAGAAGCGGGAUAACGCUCUGAUCCAGAUGAGUGAUCCUCACCAGGCUCAAUUAGCCAUGAAGCAUCUCUCUGGUGUUAAGCUGUAUGGAAAGCAGAUCCGUGUCACAGCAUCCAAGCAUCAAAUGGUUCAGCUCCCGAAGGAGGGACAACCGGAUGUCGGUUUGACCAAAGACUUCAGUACGUCACCCCUUCACCGAUUCAAGAAGCCGGGCUCCAAGAAUUUCCUGAACAUUUACCCACCUAGUUCUACCCUGCAUCUCUCAAACAUUCCGCCCACUGUCGAUGAGGAAACAUUAAAAGAAGCAUUCACCCAACAUGGUACUGUAGCAAACUUCAAGUUUUUCCCGAAAGACAGGAAGAUGGCACUCCUGCAAAUGGGCUCUGUAGAAGAAGCAAUUCAUGGUCUAAUUGCAAUGCACAACUACCAACUGGCUGAGUCAAAUCAUCUUCGUGUGUCGUUCUCGAAAGCACAGAUCUAGAGGCGAGACCACCCCCCCUUAAAGAAAGUCAACGCACACAUGGAGCAGUACAACCAAGCGAUAUCGCAAUAAAAUCAACCAAUCUUCGCAGAAAUUGGAAGGGGACAACAUGCCAAUAAACCAAGAACGAUAACAACAUUAUAUCUGAAUCACCCUUAGUGCCAUUUAAAGAUGGGAAUCAUGCAAUGCAAUGAUGACAACGAUAACGGGGGAAAAUAUGAUAAAGAAAGUACACUGGUCAGAGACCAGAAGGACUCAAAGAUAUUCUGAUUAAAUGUUUUUGAGGAUUGGCAAUAUUGGACGGAGUUUAUUUAAAGGUGUUUUUUAAGAUAGAAAUAUGAGAAAGGAGCAUGGAUUUGCCCAUGAUGAUAACAUAUGACUGUGAUGCUUUGAUAGGCAUUGUUAACCAUCUCCUGUUAUCUGGACAGGGUUUUGUAUGGUAGUUUAUAUGGGAUAAAUCUUUUCUGCUCCCCUUUUGAACUUCGUACUGUGACCUUUUCUUCUUUUGGAUACCCUUCUGCCCCCACCCUUAUUACCCCUGGCGACUCUUACACACUUUCUCAAUGCUUACAAAAUUUCAUCUUUAUAUAUGGGCAAGGUUUCUAUGAAGCACUUGCAUCUACAAAUUAUGUAUACCGAAGCAAAACAUAUGCUUUUGGUAGUGAUCUCAUGCCUAUAUCCUUGUUUAUCCCUAGUUAGCUAAGGAAUUUGGUGUGUACAUUGUAAAUACAUAAAUUGAUAACAGAGAUGAGAGAGAGAGAUAUUUUGCAUUUGUAAUUAUUAUACAACUGCAAUGUGUUAUUUUGAAUGAAUUUUUGAAAACAUUUUGAUCGCAUGUCUCUUAAAUAUUCUUUCUGUGAAUUUUUCGAUGUCAGAUAAUUUUACUCUAAGCUGUAUUGUGGUGUGGUGUAAAUUUCAUUGAAUUUUUUUUUCUUGUAUUUCCUCUCUCUCUCACUCUGUGUUUUCGGUAGCAUUGAAUUUAUCUCUGCUAACCAAAAAAAAUGUCACAAAUCACUUUUUGAGGUAUCCUCUUUUAAGAGUAAUUUAUGUCAAUAAUCAUGUAUCAUUUCGUUGAAAAUUAUUCAACCGUAUUUAAUCACCUUGGUUAAAACUCAGAAAUUCUUUGUCUCGGUUUUACAUUUCUUCUCUCAAAAGCUCCAAGAGCUUAUUUCCUUCUCUUGCGUGACGCCAAAAGGACGUCGAAGCCCGACGCUCAGGGUCGUUAUCAAGUUUGAAUCAUUACGUAUAAUCUUUGUAGAUAUUAAUUUGCCUGUUUUAAUAUUUGUUUUUGCUGUGAGAUUAAUUGCUAGAAUAAUUCAGAGACUAUUAAUUUCUUUGAAAAAGAGUCACAAUUUCACUUUGCUUGGUAUUUCCUUUCUGCUGUGAGCAUGUAGAAUUUCGCCUUGUUUGUGAGUCACCGACAAUAAUUGAACAUUCCACAUGUGUUGCACUUCAAUUAUCUCUUUUUUUAAUAAUUCUGUGUGUCGCCAACUGUGGUUGGAUGUGAUAAAGGACAGGCCUGUUUUAUCCAUAGUACAGUUUGAAUAUAUAAAGCAAUACAUUGUAUUUCUUGCUUGAGUAAUAUAUGAUCUUUAAUUAUCAUUUCAUUGCUGUUUCUGGCAUUCUUACAUUUUCGAUUAUUAAAACAUAUUUGUACUCGUAAUAAUCUGAUGUGUUCACUGACACACAUUCGGGUUUGAUCUCACAAAUUGUUUUCCACUCCCAAUGAACAUGUUUGAAUGCAAACGGGACAAUCAAUUGCAGUAGAAAGAAAGUUUGAUAAUCAUUUUUCGAUCAUGUAUGCUUUCUUGGUCUGCGUUUUAAGGAUAUGUGCAAAGUGCAAACUGAAAAAGAAAAAAAAUGAGGCUUUGUUUUAGUCACUGCUGUUUGAGAUGUUUGAUAAUUGUCGCCUAAUCAGGCAGUUUAACAUGUGAAUUGAUACUUGUUUGUAACCGCAAGUGAUAAUCUGUAUAUCUUAUCUAAUUUCCAUUCUUAUCCAACGUACACUAAGCUAUAUAUCAUCUUUUUAAGCUAAUAACUACUUGUGUAUAUUCAGAGAGAAAGAAAAAUUUCUUGUACAUGUCAUAUUUUUUGUUAGGUUAGCCCAUUUUUUUCACUGGGUCUGCUGUGGUAUAAUUGUGUAAAGAUAUUAAGGCAAAGCUUUGCUGAAUUAUUUAGUUUCCGUCGUGUAUUUCUCUCCAAACUUGCGGAAUUCUGUCACUUUGUUGUAAUAUGUGCACCCUCACACGGCCUGAAAUUCUGCCUUUCACGAGCCUGUAGUCUGAACAGUUUGGGGGAAACUCUUCUCGUGAAAUUGUGCAAAUUUUUUUCUUUUUGAGGGAUGAAAUGUUGGGCGGCUGAUUUUUAAUGUGCCUUAUAAGAAUGAGGGUGACAUAACCGGUACUAUUUAUGAUUUUCAUGAGGACGGACGGAUAAGAGAAAGACAGGAGCCGCGAAAGUUCGGUACGAAUUCGGAAAAGGCAAACUUCCGGCUCUAGAGAUUGAGUCCACUCAUUCUGGGAACGGUUUCAAACAAAGGCUUGGUUUCAGACGGUGUGAGGGCAAUUGGAGAGCUUUUUCCACUUUUUUUCCGAAAUAAUCAUGCAUGCUCAUGAUAUUAAUGAGAAUUAACGUAUUAAUGACCAUGCUAUGUUUCAUUUGUCGUCUAUCUAGAUGCGUAUGCUGCUCUCGCACUUGUGUAAUACGUCAGAGGGUGUACUGUACUAUUUUUUAACGCUUCAAGUAUGAUUCUUUAAUGAUAUGGUAUAGAACAGGCUAUUAAUCUAAGGGGAUUUGUGAAAACCCCCCUCUCCUCUUUUUGGAUUUAUUAGUCUUGUACAUGUAGUGUAUUGGCAAGUUUCACUAUAUUAUUCCAUGUUGUUUAUCUCAGUGGUAUUCAUAAACGUGACUUUGUACAAAUUUGACAUGAGAUAAUAAUAUUGUAGUUUUCAAGUUAUCUUAGAUAUUUAGAGAAUGUACUUGGCUAGCUAAGACGUUUACUUCUACAAAUAAGUGGUUCUAGGGUAUGUACUUGCUGUAUUUUUCUCCUUUAAUCUUCUCUGUAUUUUUUUCUGUGGAGGCUAUGAGAGUUAUUUCUUCUUCUUCAUUCAAGCUUCUUCGGCUUUGCCCAUUUUUUUCUUCUCGUUCUUGGCAGUGCCCGUUGACUCGCACCGUGGAGUUAAGCGGCAUCUUUUUGCGUGUUUUUGUUGUGCAAAAUUUAUCAGGCUUUGCAAUAUCAUGAUUAAGAAUAACACUUUUAACUCAUAGUUUCAACAUCCAGCUGCAUGAGAUUUUAUUUUCCCAUUUGUUAUGUAACAAUCGUGUUCCUCCAAACCGCCAAUUGUUUCAACAAAACUAUUAUUAACACGCACCAAUCAAUAGAGUUUCUCCCUCCUUUUGUUUUUUCCUCACUGUACAUAAAUCCCCCCCCCCCUCCUAUUCACAUUUUUGUUUAGUAGCGGUACUUUACCCGUUCUUCAUAAAUGUUUGAUUUUGAAAUCCUUAAUUGUUUCACAGUGAUAAUGUGUCAUACAAGUCACUCAUGUAUCUCUAUUAUGCUUUUUUCUCUCUACACGCAGUCGAUUGAGCGCAAACAGCGCAUCAACGUCUAUCGCUACGCUAUUCUCUACUCACAUCGAUGCAGUUAUGAAAGCCUCUCUUUUAUGUCAUGUCUCUACUACACUCAGUUUGUCAGUCAACAACCGACCACCUCCAAAUUUUAGCUCAAUGACUACUCCCACGCUUGAACUUGAUCUCACGAGCUGCUUCCGCAAGCAGCAUACUGUUGUCAAGCGAGUAUCGAAGGGUUACGAAUUGGAGGUAGUCCUUUCAGAGUGUUUUUUCUCUUGGAAACUAUUUGUUUGAAAAAAGGGUUGCCAGAACCUCAAAGCUCGUAUCACGUUGGUAAAAAAGGAAGAACAAAAUCAUCUACGGGGGAAACGGCGGUGGAACAGGAAUUAAUAUUAUUGAGAGCAGUUCAACCUAAAAAAAAUUCAGUCUUUAUAAUGGAUGGAAUUGUGAGAGCAUUUUGAGUGAAUCAUGACUGAUACUUAAAAAAAAAGAAUAUCCAUUAGAACAUCAAACUAUUUCCCUUAAAUGGGACAAAUACAAUCUUACCAUCCAUUGAGGCUGAAGUAACAUUUAUCACUUUGCCCCAUUUGUUGAUCAAACUUUAAUCUCUCUGAGCUAAACUCUUUGUGUUUCUUUACCAAUGUUGUGCCUCUAGUAUUGUUCUGGCAGCCUUUUUUUCAUAAUAUCUGUUCAGAUUUGAUUUUUUUUUUGCUUGAUCAUACACCAUCCACGGCCAUAGUCUCAUAGCAACACUUUGUAUCCUGCCAUUUUAUUAUUGAGUUUUUUUCUCUCUCCUCUUCUUAAGAAAUUAUCCUUUGUUAAUUUUUUCUCUCUAUUCUCCUAUUUCUGCUAAUAAAACUCUCAAGACUGUGCAAAAAAUCUUCUCUUGUGUUCUCUCUUUUCUCUUCGACUCUUACUACCACUUACUACUACCACAAUCACGUAUUCUCUUGACAACACAACAAUCAAAAUUAUUCAAAACUUGUGUAUUCUUCUCCUGGUCUAUUCUGUAUUCUUCUCUCUGCAACAUAUGUUUGUGUAUUAUCUCAAGUGUGAGGCUGUCAAUUUUGAACUUGUUUAUCCUAUAGCCAGGUUUUUUUCUCCUUUUUUUUUCCUUCAAAAUUAACAUUUUGUUGCAACUUGCUAGUUGGAUUUUUAUCAUGAAAUAACUAAGUGCAUCUUUUUUCUAUUUUUAACUAGUAGUUGUGAUAGGUUUUAGCAUGUCUCAUUCUGUUGGAGACCUUAAUUUUGUGUGGUGUACCUAGAUCUAAAAAAAAAAGAGAAUUUGUUUGUAUGUGAUUAAUUUAUUGAUAUUAUAUAUAUACUCCAAUCGCAUCCCAACAUUGUCUUUCAUAAUACGCUGGCCUCCGACCUUUGACCUUGCACUGGAGGUCAGUACGAGCACACAUCAUGGGUCAUUUACAACUUGAGAACAUUCCUUUGAUAAUCAGUCUGUGGAUUCCGCUUCUUUUUUUAAACCAAAGUUUUUUUUAUCACAGAAACUAUAGAAAAGAAUGUGUUAUACACUCAAAGAUUUGCACCCCACUCGACAGAUGAUUUAGUCAAUAGCUAGCAAUUCUCCGGAUUUUAUAAGACGGAUUUGGACAUUUUUAUUUUUUCACUUAGCAAUCAAUGUACAGACGCAAAUGUUUUUUAGGGUAUUGGAUACAAGGCCUUAAUUUAUUGUCAUUUUUAUUCCCCUACAAACUUUAGUGAAUAGUGUAAUAUUCUGAAAUCGGAAAAUUGAAGUACCUUGAGAUAGUACCAUGGGAUUAAGUUAAGCUUAAUCCCCCUGGAAUUAGGUUAAGCUUAAUCCCGUGGGAUCAAACAUAUCUUGAACGAUUGCGCUUGGGCGAUCGAUUUGGAGAUGCUCGUUGACUCGACUAUGACUCCAGAGAUGCCUGAAAUAACCAGGGAUUUUUCAAGUGUGUUGUAAAAAGAAAAAAAAUAAUGAAAGAAGUGAGAAAAGCUAAAAAAAAAGAUUGAAGAGAUUGGAUAUAUUAACGUGUGAUUUUCAUGGUAAAUUAAAAAUACUUGUUUUAUACAAGAGGCUGAUGGACCUGUGA